AUGCUGUUGGUCAAUGCCCUGCCUCUACCGAUUUUCUAUAAAUUGAUCGCUGAUUUGAUGCAUGUAUUCCAACAAUCCAUUGCUUUACUUGUCCAAUAGUCUAAAUAUGCUUGCUACUACUGUUUUCUCGGCACUUCUUGCUGCAACUGCCAUGGCUUCGCCACACGGUCUGAAGCCAUCCCAUGAUAUUGGUAAAAUUGUUGAUACCACUACCAGAUGGACCGAGAAGAAGAAAUCGUCUCUACGCAGGGCUGCAGUUGUUCCCAUUCGUUUCCCCUACGGUUCCAAGGUGCUUACCAACGGCGUCACUGUCCAUUAUAUUUACUAUGGUGAUUGGUCCGGUGACCAAAAGUCUAUUAUCCAAGAUCUCACCAACGGUCUUGGUCGCUCCAAGUGGUGGAAUACCGAGCGCAAGUAUUACUCCCAGAGAUCUAGUACCUCUAGAAAAGUCUACGUCAAUGGCCAAGUUCGUGUUGGAUCCACCGUUCAAGAUAACUACACUUUUGGCCGAUCUCUUACCGGCGACAACAUUGCUUCAUUGAUUCAAAAAUACAUUGAUUCUGGCGAUCUCCCCGAGCAAGACGACGCUUUAUACAUGAUUCUCUCUGCCCAUGAUGUCUCCGAGUCCCAAAUCGGUGGUGAUGGAAAUACCUAUGCUUUUUGCCGUGACUACUGUGGAUACCACAAACAGUUUACUCUUUCUUCUGGAAGAGAAGUUCCAUUUGCAUUUGCUGGCAAUGGCGAUCACUGCCAAGACUUUUGUGUUCAUCCCCAAAAUCGUCAAGUUUCGCCCAACAAUGAUACUGGUGUUGACGGUAUGGCUUCCAUUGUUAUUCAUGAGAUUGCUGAAGCCGUCACCGACCCUAUAUAUCCUACUGCUUGGAUUGAUAUCAAUGGUCAGGAAAAUGCCGACAAGUGCAAUUUUUCGUUUGGUUUCUGGAAAACGGACUUCAAGGGUGCUUCUUACAAUCAGCAAAUUGGUGGACGCAAUUUCCUUGUUCAGCAAAACUGGAACCCCAACACCAACACCUGCAGCGACGGAACUCGCUAAACUGUAUAUCAAAUUAUCUAGAUGUUUGUGAAUUGUACACUGCCUUUUUGGUGUAUCUUAGAUUAUGAGUUUAGUAUCGGUAUUUGACUACCUUGUUCAAAUGAUUGUGCAAAGCUUUAAUAAAUCGUCCUUGUAAUAC